GGUAAAUAAAAAUAAUAACAUUUAGAAUUUAUGAAUUUAGCAUUAGCACAGUUUUCAUUUUAAUAUAAUUAAGGCGAUUUAUAUUUUACCUUGUACACAAACAUAAUGGCAUCAUUGAAACCAAGAAAUUCUAGCGGCAAAAUAUUACUAGAUCAGCUAACAAAAGAGUAUUUUAUUAAAAAUAUUGUUUCCGCUAGAGAAGCCCAAGGAGAAAGUGUUGAAAACUUCAACUUUAAUAAAGAUCGCUGCCGAGUUUUAUCACCUAAUGAAAAUAUUAAGGAUGGAUCAAAAGGGAUUCUAUACUGGAUGUACCGGGAUUGCCGUGUCCAGGAUAAUUGGGCUUUGAUAUUUGCUCAAAGAUUAGCCAUAAAGAAGAAGUUACCACUAUAUGUUUGUUAUAGCCUUAAAGACGCACAUCAACAAUAUCCAACACAAAGACAUUUUAAUUUUUUUAUUGAAGGUUUAAAGUUUGUUCAAAAAGAAUUCCGGCAACUGAAUAUUGGAUUUCAUCUGUUGAAUGCUUCACCAAAGGAAUUGGCCAAAUUAAUUGUUAGUAAUGACAUAGGGGGAGUUGUGUGUGAUUUUAGUCCUCUUAAACACCCAAGAAAGCUCCAAACUGCAUUGUUAGAUAGUCUACCUGAUGAAGUACCAUUAGUACAAGUAGAUGCUCAUAAUAUUGUUCCUGUAUGGAUCGCAUCAUGCAAACAGGAGGGCAUGGCUAAAUUUCUGCGUCCUAAAAUAACACAAAAACUAGAUGAAUAUCUCACGGGAUUCCCAAAUAUAUCUAAACACAAAUAUUCAGGAAAACUAAAUAUACAAAAUGAAAUUGAACUUGACGAGGCCUUAAACUGCUACACUCCAAAGUACGAUGUACCUGAAAUAAAAUGGGGCGAUGGUCCAGGUCCUGAAGCGGGGCUUACUAUGUUACGUAAAUUUAUCGUAGAGAAUUUAAGAGAAUAUGGAAGUACAAGCAAUGAUCCAUCCAAAGAUAAUACUUCGAAGCUAUCUCCAUGGAUCAACUUUGGACAAAUAAGUGCCCAAAGAUGUGCCUUAGAAGUAAAGAGUGUUAGUUCACUUUUUAAGGAACAAUGUGAUAAGUAUUUAGAAGAGCUUAUAGUACGAAGGGAGCUGACGGAUAACUUUUGUUAUUAUAACAGCAACUACGACAAUCUUAAUGGAGCCGCCAACUGGGCCAAAGAAUCUUUGAAACUUCAUAGUAAUGACAAAAGGAUUUGGACAUAUACAAAAAAAGAGCUCGAAAACGCCGAGACACAUGAUGAAAUGUGGAACGCUGCACAGUUACAAGCCCACCAAGAGGGUAAAAUUCAUGGAUAUAUGCGGAUGUACUGGUGCAAGAAAAUUUUAGAAUGGACCGAAUCUCCUGAACAAGCCAUCGAAUAUGGAUUAUGGCUUAAUGACACAUUUUGUCUGGAUGGGACUGAUCCUAACGGAUAUGUAGGGGUGAUGUGGUCAAUAUGUGGAAUACACGAUCAAGGCUGGAAAGAACGAGACAUUUUCGGAAAAAUUCGCUAUAUGGUCGAUUACAGUUUAAGAAGAAAAUUCAACAUGGACGCGUAUUGCGCUCGAUAUGGACGGAAAAUAUUGACAGAUUCAAAAAAGAAAAGGGCUGCCAGUAUUAGCAGUGAUGACAAAAAAGGAAAAAACAAGAAAAGAGUCCGUUAAUAGGAAAGAGUAGUUAAGUAGAUAAGUUAAAUUAUAUUGUGUUGAUUUUAUACCUUUGAGAUACUUAAGUAAUUUAAAGUGAUGAAAAUGUGUUCUUUUAAAACAUGUACAAAAUUACUUUUUAGGUGAAUAUUUUAAAUUAUCCUCUCUAUUCGAUUACAUUCUUUAUUUUUUUAUCAGACUAUUUACGACUUCAACGCUCUUAUAUUUCUUUUAUCGCCCACAAACUGUCUCUUCUAUAGUCACAAAGUAUUGUAUAUUCAAACGGAACUUUUAUUUAAUAAAC